GGAGCGUCCAGAUCAGCCUGUCCUCGUCCCCAACUCCACUCCAGCCCCACUCCACCAUGUGCCACACCAGCUGCUCCGAGGGCUGCCAGCCAGCCUGCUGCGUGCCCAGCUCCUGCCAGGUGUCCGGCUGCGUGCCCAGCUCCUGCCAGGUGUCCAGCUGUGUGCUCAGCCCCUGCCAGGUGUCCAGCUGUGUGCUCAGCCCCUGCCAGGUGUCCAGCUGUGUGCUCAGGCCCUGCCAGGUGUCCAGCUGUGUGCCUGUGAGCUGCAGGCCCGUUGUGUGCUUUCCAGUGAGCUGCAAGCCCGCUGUGUGCCUGCCCGUGAGCUGCAAGCCCAUCGUGUAUAUGGCCUCCCCCUGUCAGUCCUCUGGCUGCUGCCAGCCCUCCCGCCCCACCCUGGUCUGCACCCCUGGCCCCUGCGGCACCCCUAACUGCUGCUAACAAGUCACCUGGAACAUCCAUAUCUGCUAUUGACCUCUCCUGCCCUGUCUCAUUCCUGAAGCACUGACGGAGCCACACUCCAUAGAGGCUAGAAUUCCCUCCUGCUUUUCCUAUCCACGAAAGCUUAGUGAUCUAUUAAAAAUAAAUCUCUGUGCUCCUCA